UGUCGUGGGUAAAAAGCAAAACAAAUGGCUACAGAAAAAACGGAGGACCUGCCUGAGGGGCAAGAUAAUACUCCCCCGGUAGAAGAAAAUGAACAAGGGGAGACUCUAUUCAACGAGUUUUAUGCCGAGGUGAAGGCAAUAGAACAUAGGGAUUCCGUAUUGACCCCAAAACAACAAAUUGACAAAUUAAAUCGGCCAGGUGCUACCUACUUCAAUCUGAACCCAUUUGAGGUGCUACAAAUUGAUCCAGAUACACCAUUCGCAGAAAUAAAGAAGCGAUAUAGACAGAUGUCAAUAUUGGUCCAUCCAGAUAAGAAUUUAGACAACAAAGACAGAGCGGAAAGAGCAUUUGAAGCUGUAAAUAAAUCGUACAAGACGUUAGAAAAUGAGGAAGGGUAUCGGCGAUGUAGAGAAAUAAUUGACGAGGCCAAGGUCCGUGUGGAUGAAAUGAUCAAACAGAAAAAGAAACAGAAUAAGAAAGAGGGAAAGCCCCCAUAUGUGCCUGAGGAUGAUGAAGACAAGUACAAGCAUGCUGUCCACGUCCAGACCUGUAAGCUGUUUGCCGAUCUCGAGAGGAUGAGACAGGAACGUGAAACCAAGGACAUGCAUGAGAGAAAAAGGAAAGCAGAGGGCGAUGCUGCUGCCGAGGAAAAGAAGAAAACGGAUGCUUUAUGGAACAAAAAUUUUGAGGAGAGUCGCACAGAGAGAGUGGAUAGCUGGAGAUCAUGGAAAAGUGGUGGGAAAAAGGCAAAAGGAGUGUUUAGACCUCCGAAACACAGGGCGGAGAAAAGAUAACCUUAAACUCCUGUGUACCUUAACAAAAACAUUGAUUAUUAUUUUGGAUAUGAACACAGCAGAAUCAGUUCAUAUCUGUCACAGACAAAAGUUGUUUUGACAUACAACUAUUUCAUUUAAAUCAUACUUCAUUUAAAUAUCAUAAACUCAACAGUGUCUUAGACCGUCCUGUGAGUUUGACUCAACAGUGACUAAGAAAGUCCUGUGAGAUUGACUCAACAGUGACUAAGAAAGUCCUGUGAGUUUGACUCAACAGUGACUAAGAAAGUCCUGUGAGUUUGACUCAACGGUGACCAAGAAAAUCCUGUGAGUUUGACUCAACAGUGGCUUAGGCAGUCCUGUGAGUUUGACUCAACAGUGACUAAGAAAGUCCUGUGAGUUUGAGUCAA